AAUGUUUUGGAACGUGAUGCCAUGUUUAUGACGGUUUCAGACGCAAACAAUUGCUUGUCUGAGAAUAAGAGUUGACAAUUUCACGUGUUUUACACUGAAAAGUUAUGUGUAGUGUAUGUAUGAAAUAUGUAACGCGUUAUUUAAAUAUGCAUAUGAUAUAGUCUAGAGUUGUCUCAGCAAGGCAGAGUUUGGAAGCUAACAACGAAUUCGAGUCUUCAUAGUCAGAAAAACAUCCGUGUGCCAUCUGAACUAGGAUGAGUGAGGAGGGUCUGGAGGUGUGUGAGGAGGGUCUGGAGGUGAGUGAAGAGGGUCUGGAGGUGUGUGAGAGGAUGGAGUACCGCUACCUGGUGCAGGAGGAGGAGGAAGAGGAGGUGCAGUAUGUACGUCACAGACGCUACGUCGGCCCCGCCCUGGUCCUGUCCAGACGCUGCUCGCUCCUCCUCUGUGUGGGGGUAGCCGCCCUGCUCUCCCUGGCUGGCUACCUGGCGUACCUGGCUCAGACCCCGCGCCCUGGACACCUGGAGGUCACCACGGACUGCGGACGCUUCAGAGGAACACAGAAAGACGGCGCUUACUCCUUCAAAGGCAUUCCCUACGCCGCGCCCCCCACGGGCCAGCGGCGUUGGGCGCCCCCGGAGCGCCCGGCGUGUGGCGAGGGGGUGAGGGAUGCCACACGGGUGGGCAGCAUGUGCCCUCAGGUGCGCCCGCUGUCCUCCGCCGGGACGGUUAUGGGAAACGAGGACUGCCUGUUCCUCAACGUGUGGACCCCCGGCAUGGCGCCCGCCAUGCCCCUGCCCGUCAUGGUGUGGCUGCAUGGGGGUUUCCUGCACAUGCUCAGUGGGGCGGAAGAGGGCUACGCUCCCUCGGAGGCGCUGGCAGCACAGACAGGCAUCGUUUACGUCAGCUUCAACUACCGGCUCAACGCCCUCGGGUUCCUGGCCCUGGAGGUGCUGAGGGAGGGCUCUCCCACCAACACCUCAGGAAACUACGGCUUCAUGGACCAGAUCGCAGCCCUGCAGUGGGUCCAGAGGAACAUCCAUGCUUUCGGAGGAGAUCCUCACAAGGUCACCAUCCUGGGCCAGAGCUCAGGUGGGACCUCUGUGUGGGUGCUGAUGAUGUCUCCCCUGGCGAUGGGGCUGUUCUGGGCGGCGGUGGACCAGAGUGGCUCGGCUCUGCUAAACGCCUCGCUGGAAAGGGCGGAGAGAGAUAACCUGAUGUUCCUGAACCGUACGGGCUGCUCUCACCUGGCCUGUCUCAGACAGCUGACCACCACACAGAUACUCGAGGCCAUCUCCUGGAGACAGUACCCAUCGUGGGGAGCAGAUGCCCUGCUGGACCUGCCCACCCGGGGGGAGAUGCUGGGGGCGGUGGCAGUGGUGGACGGGCACCUCCUCCCGGCCCCCCCCCUGCAGAUCUGGGAGGAGGGGGGCCACUUCAGCGACGUGCCCUUCCUCAUAGGAACCACAGAGCAAGAGACGGACUUCCUACCGCCCUAUGACAACAUCUCCAUGUGGACGUGGGGGGACUAUGAUUGGUUCGUGAGGGAGAAACUAGACUCGUUUGGAGGGAAUGUUUCUGAGGAGGCGCUGGCUCUGUACCCCAGCUCAGCGCUCUGCCCCACCCCUGUCCGUUGCCCCGAGAGGGCCUUCACCACCAUGGUGUCUGACCUGAGGGCCACCUGCCCCAACAACCACCUGGCCAGGAGUGCAGCAGCGGCCCUGAGCAGUCCUGUGCACCGCUACCUGGUCACACACACCCCGUCCCGGCCGGUGGCGGUGCAGGGGGGCCCCCGGGCUCCCCGGGGGGGGCUGUGGUCCUUCCCUGGACGGUUCUCCUUCCACGGGCUGGACACCGUGGCCUUCUUCCUGGGGCUGGAGGGGCUGCUGGGGGGGCUGUCGUCCCAGGACGCAGCCUUCCAGGAGCUCAUCAUCCACAGCCUCGUCCACCUGGCCAGAGAGGGUAAGAUGCCGGAGGGGUGGCCAGAGUACCCAGAAGGCACUGCGGUGCUGUCGGCCAGUCUGAAGGUGGUGAGCUCCUACUCUGCUGACCGCUGCAGACUGUGGGAGGAGAACGGCUUCUACAGCUACGCCUGGAUCAACUGACCCCUGACCCCCUCACCCCUGACCCCCUCACCCAGGAGGAACACAGGAGCAGUGAGGAGACGUGGAGACAGAAUAAAUACCGUAAUGAUCGGCAGUUGGAUGUUGCAUCCAAGGUCAUGUUACAUCCUCUUGAUCCAAGGUCUUCUGGAGUUCUUUUUGACUGAUGUGAUUAGAGAAAGUUUAAAGAAGGGAUAUAUGUUACUGGUUUAUUUCCACUUGAAAUGAUGAAAUGUAAAACCCACUGCACUGUUGUAUACAAUGAUGAUGUCACUUCCUGUAUGUUUUGCAUAGCUCCCUGAGAUACAUCCACUAGAAUGACAGGAAUAUAAUAUAUUAUAUUAAUAUAAUAUGAUACACAGAGAAAAAUCUGCUUUAUUAUUUAUAUCCCCUCUAAUGGACAUUGAUUUGGGGUUAAUGACUUUGCAACUAAAUGUCCCUUUAGUAAUGAUUUAGUCCAAUUUAGAGGACAUUUAGGAUAUCCUAAUGAGGUGACAAACGUGAAUGUAAUUCUAGUUGGUUAAGUAGUAUUAUAGUUUAAUCUUUUAUUUGUUAUAGUCAUGCAUUUGGCUUGCUAUGUUGUAAAAAAUGUUUUCCUUAAAAUAUGUUUGAGCCAAACCCAAGCAUGUUUUGUAAACUGUCAACAUUUUAAACAGCUUCUCCGCUGGUCUCAGGAGAUGAAUACUGAGUUGAUAAUGACGCCCUUGUCACUGUGGCGGUGCUUUAUACGAGCUGAUGUUCUGACUGUUACAAGUAUGUUUUGCUUUGAGGGAAACACAGACCUUGUUUUGUUUAUGUUCUUUCAUUUGUAUCUUUGCACUCGGGCUUAAAGCAACAGAAUGAGGCUAAUGCGUCAUGCAGCGUACCCAGAAUGCCUCCUGCCAUCACUGGCAGGAUUCUGCUUACUUAACUGUGUGUAGCUGGCAGCCUUUUACUCACAUUCACACACACUUGGGCACACACACUCAAACGCACACACACUCAAAUGCACACACACUCAAACGCACACACACCAUCCUUUGAAAACGUUUCUUUCAUGCAUCUGUUCCAGAAGCACGUCAGGCUGAAGAGAGGGAUGAAGAGAGGGAUGAAAGAGAGGAUGUCUUCCUGUCACAGCUUUGAUCUCUCCUGUCAGACCAUGUUCCUCUGACCUCUGUGUUUGUGUUCGCCAGCACAUCUGCUGGGUUAUUCAUUAACCUUGUGUUAUCAGAACCAUUCUGCUGUUUUGUACUACUGCACACUAUGCUGUUACACAUGUUUUUCACCUGUCAUGCAUCAUGUCUGAAUACUCAAAGAUCAUAAAGAGAUCACUUAAUAAAGGAAGUUGACACCAAA